AUGGGUAUGCUGGCUCAACAGUAUUCUGAUGACAAGCAACGAGCUCGUUACAUGGGAAUAGCGAUGGGUGGAAUGGCGUUAGGUCUUUUAAUCGGUGCUCCGUAUGGCGGUGCAAUGUAUGACAUUUUUCAUGGGAAAGAAAUCUGUUUCUUGAUCUUGGCUGGAUUGGGCGUGCUUGGAGUUGGUCUACAAUUGCUCGUUUUGCCACCAAAACUCGAAUUUCACGAGCACACAAGUGAGAGCACAUCAAUGCGCAAAUUGCUUAUGGAUCCAAGGAUUUUGAUUGCAGCUGGCUCAAUUUUUGUGGGCAAUUUGGGACUGGGAGUGCUGAGUCCGGGGCUUCAACUGUGGAUGGUUGACAAGUGGAAUUCGUCGGCUUUUGAACUUGGUGUUGUCUUCUUUCCCUCCUCAUUGGCCUAUCUCAUUGGCACAACAUUUGUCCCGAGCAUCUCAAUCAAGCUUGGAAGAUGGCGUUGCGUUCUUUUCGCUCUCCCAAUCAUUGCCAUUUUAAUCGGGAUUUGCAUUUCCUUUAUCGACUCAGCAAUGAUCCCGUUAAUAACCCAUAUGGCCUACAUAAAGCACAAAGAUGAAACUGGCGCAAAAUUCGACGAAUCUUCAAGUGACGAUGAAAUCUUUUCAGCAAACGCCUAUGCAAUCAGUGAUGCCGGAUUGAGUAUUGCGUUCUUUAUCGCACCGUUUGCUUCGGGUCCUUUAGUGCAAACAAUCGGUUUUCAAUGGACAACCUGGGCUUUCGCAAUUGGUAUUCUGUGUUUUGCUCCUUUAGCUUUACUCUUGCGAAAGCCUUCAAAAGGAGAGCGAUUACAGGAAACUUCAAUUACUUCAAGUGUUACCAAAAUG